AUGCGGCAACUCCUCGGCACCCGCGUACUUGAUGACGCCAUCCUCCGCCAGCUUUGGUUGAAGCGUCUCCCUCCACGCAUCCGAGAAGUUUUAGCCGUCCUCUCCAACAGUUCUUUGGAUGAAAUGGCACUGGCCGCAGAUAAAAUAUGCAGCAAUUGGUUCUUCACCUCUCCCGCUCACGGUCAUCAAGCCGCAGUCGAAGUCGAAGUCGCUCGACUUCACAAACCCAUAGAAAUCACCUGUCAGCCAGCUCCAACCCUCAACAUUGCUGGUACCACCAAUAAUUUGGCCCAGAGCCAAGAAAUGCACCCCACCCUGUUCGUUCACCUCACAGGGAAACCCCAAAGCCGGACAGUAAUGACGGCGCUUGUUUCCGGCAUCCUUCCCAGUCGUCUUUUAUUCAUCCAAGACCAAAGCACAGGUAUCCGAUUUUUGAUUGAUACCGGUGCUGAACUGAGUGUGAUUCCCCGU